UAUUCUGCCUUCUCAUAGGACAAGCAUUUAGCUCAUUAUGCUAAUGACCAAUCUUUUCUACCUGCUACGCGAGAAGAAAGAAUCGGUGAUCAUUUCACUGGAAACGUUUGGAGCGAUUUGGUUGAUAUUUUUACUUAAAUUUCUACCAAAGAUCUAUUAUGGAUUUCUGCGAAUCAAUAGGAUGGAAUGGAACCAUCGGCGAUCUUAAAAUUGACUCGGAGUCGCUUACAGUAGCCGUGGCAAUUUAUAUUACUUUAGCAUUUGCUGUAUUUGCCGUUAUCUUAGCCAAAGGAUUCACAUGGAUCAGACAAUAUGUUUUUCAAGAUAAGGACAACUUGGACACAAGUUUCGAUGCAGGGGGAAAAGUUAAUAUCGGUAUUACUGCAGCAACGAUUGUUUCACAGUGGACAUGGGCAGCAACGCUCCUUCAGUCCUCAUCGGUUGCAGCUAAGUACGGCAUUAGUGGUCCAUUCUGGUAUGCUGCAGGAGCAACCGUCCAGCUGCUGCUAUUUGCAGCUCUAUCAGUCCAGUUGAAAAUCAAGGCCCCUGGAGCCAAGACCUUCUUACAAGUGACGUACGCACGAUUCGGAUCAAAAGUUCAUCUUGUUUUCUGUUUUAUGGCUCUGCUGACCAACUUUAUCGUCACCGUAAUGAUGAUGAUGGGUGGUACCGCUGUGAUAAUGAAUUUGGUGCCAGGUUUUAGCCUUGAAAUGGCUUCGCUCAUCCUGGCAGCAAUGAUUGGCAGUUACACAUUUAUUGGAGGCUUGGGCGCUACAUUUUACAUGUCUUAUUUCAACACCGGUAUCAUCUUCAUCGGCUUACUCGUCUUUCUCACCAAAGUAUAUGUCAGUACGGCUGAUCAGGAUUUCCCUCUUGGUUCUGUUGAUCGAGUGUAUGAAUAUAUUACGUGCGGUGAGGUCACUGCCAAUUCGAACGAGAGAUAUUUCUCGUUUUUGUCAACUAAUGGCCUUAUGUUCGGUAUUAUAAAUCUUGUUGGUAACUUUGGAACGGUGUUUGUUGACCAGUCCUACUGGCAGAGUGGCGUAGCAGCUAAGCCUAAGCAAGGCAUGUGGGGCUUCAUCUCCGGAGGCCUUGUCUGGUUUGCAAUCCCAUUCACCUUUGCUGCUACCAUGGGCUUUUCAUUUUUGGCCCUUAGCUCUUACAGUGGAGAGCAGUUGAUCUCUGAUGACGAAAUUGAGCAAGGACUAGUUGCUCCAACCGUUUCCCGAGCAUUGAUGGGCUACUACGGAGAAGUUUUGAUGUUUAUCAUCAUACUGAUGGCUGUGACGUCGACAGGAUCAGCAGAAGUUAUCGCCAUAACAUCAAUCUUGGUGUACGAUCUCUACAAGAUUCACUUGAGACCAUACAAGGCAUUGGAUAACCCCAACGCAUGUGAGAUAUGUGGAAAGAACCGUGGACGCAAAGCAAAGGAUUUCGACCAGUGCCAGUGCGUGAAGAAAUCCGAAUGUUCAUAUUGCAUCAACGAUGACUGCCUCCGCAGUUCAUGCAACGAUGCCAUUAAACCAAACUACAAAUGUACUGUGCAUGGUGAAUACAGAUCGUACCUAGACUUCCUCGGAGAUAAACGUGAUUGGUGCGUGGUGCUGGUGUCACUCGCCAAUGUACCCAUUACAUUGGUGUUUGAUUUACUAAAUUUGAAGAUGGGAUGGCUUUACACAUUUAUGGGUAUCCCGAUCGCCUCAGCUGUGGUACCAAUCAUCCUCAGUGUUACAUGGGGAAGACUAACCGGGGCCGGCAUGAUGAUCGGUGCUAUUGGUGGAAUGAUAUUAGGGUUAGUAACGCUACUUGUUACGUCAUGCUUAGAAGAGGGCGGACUUAGUAAUGGAAUGUUCUUCGAAAACACCGGCAAAGAAUUCAAUAUGUUGAUGGGUAACAUUGUGGCUAUCGUCGCAGGCGCAGUUUUUUGCAUUGCCACAUCGUUAAUCCAACAAAAGCCUUUGACAGAAGAAGAGGAAGAGGAGGUUUGGGAGAAGACGCGUGACAUUGACAAUCCGCUGAUGCCAUGGAGUGAGCAUUAUACCAGAGAGUUCAACAUCCCAAUACAUCUAAGCACAGACCGCCCGACUCUUGCUCAAAUGAAACAAGUGUUUAGAAAGACCAAGAUGGUCUCAAUUGGUAUAAGUAUAGUUCUGUCCAUUCUCCUUGUCAUCAUUUGGCCGGCAGUCAUGGCUUCACUUGGAGAUCUCACCUUAGGCGAGUUCACCUUCUGGAUCGGGUUAUCGCAAGCGUGGGCCUACACAGCUGGCACUUUCAUCAUCGUAGUACCACUGGUACUGGAAUUGCACGAUAUCUAUAUACAUUACAGAAGGUUAAAAUACAGGGGAAUGAAGAACGAAGAUGUUAAUGGCGUCGAGUUGGGAGACAAGGUCAAAGAUCAUGCAACCCCCGAAUUGCAAGUGUUUUUACAAAAUGGCGAUGUUUCCAAAAAGGAACCUGUGGCUUAGUUAAUUGAAAUUAAUUUUAUAUUGCACAACAUCAAUGAGGAGAUGAUUAUGUUCAGUGUUCCUCAAACCGUACAAUCGAAAAUACUGUAACAUAUUUCAAUGAAAAACCCAACUUGUGCUACCACGUGUACUAAUAUCAACCUGUACAAAGCACAUGGUAAUGUGUACUAAGACUAACUUGCACUAUCGUCCCAUUUGUGCUCUUUAAUUCCCAUUUAAGGAAGAUUUGUAUUAAUGCAACAGGUGACAAUGCGACUGUAUUAUAUAUUUAUAUUAUUUAAGCGUCUGCAGUCAUUAUACAGUAACCUUAUUUUUGCAAUACUUUUGAUAUUCGUAGUUUAUCUUAAAAUUAUAAGGUUUACAGAGAAAUUUUGGACGCAAGUUGCACAAACAGACUUAUAGUUCGCUGUCCAGAUUUCAAGGAGUAAUUGGACCGGGGGAAAAGAACUUAGCGCUUCGUAACUGAAAAGAAAGGCGCUAUGCAAAUAGCAAGUAAAACUUUGGUCGGCACUGCUCAAGUUUAAUUGUGUAGUUUCUAGUAGAUAAACAAGCACAAAUUGUGUGAGGCACAUUGAUUGGAAUUGAGACUAAAAUAGUGUAGUACGAAUGAAAUGCUUUAAGGUGUAAAUAAGAGCACUGCUUGCAUUUUGUCUUGAAGUAGCUUCAUUGCUUACAAACUGUAACAAAAAAAUAUUUUUUAUACUGUAUUAGUUUCAAAGCAUUGACACUGUAGAACUUUAGAAGGGCAUUAGGCAGUGCCCAGGCAUUCACUCAACCUUUACCCUCAGUUAAAGGGGUCAAAGGUCUCUAAAGUUAGGUGGGAACAGUCUUAUUUUUUUUUAAUGAAAUGUUUAUUGUACUGCAAUUUUAUCUUUUAACUGCAAGCGAUUUGUGUUUACUUAUAUAGAUGUAUUCCAAUUUUGUUUUGCUUCGGACUUGAAAAAUACGUCAUAUUUAAACCAAGUAAGAAUAUACUGGUGUAUUUUAUACCCAAUUACCGGUUUUCUGUAGCCUCUGGAUUUGUUUAGAGAAUUUUAUUUCAUCAUUGUAGUCAUGCACAUUACUUAAAAAUGUAAUGUACAAAAAUUUCCUCAAAAUGCUCCAUCAGCAAAUAGUUGCUGUGGGCUAGGCAUGGGUCAGGUAACUCGAGAGCAAAAAGCUUGCUGUCGAGCCUGGGAUUUACAAAAGCAGUGGAAGAUCCUUUCUACAGCAACUGCUGUUGGUGCUUUCGAACUUGUAAUUUGCUUCCUGUGCAGUGGCGUAUCAAGGGAGUUUUGAAAUAGAGGCUAAAGUGGGGCCGGGGGGUGGGCGUGUGAUAAAGUGUGGGGUACUAUCUAGCAAAAUAAAGUAAUAAUUGUUUUUUUAUCUACUUUGAGUAGCAGUGCGCCCACCUAGAUACGCCUCUGUUCUGUCAAGGUGAUAAAUUGAUUGAUCUGGAUAGCAUAGUAGAGUAAAAUCUUAACUUAAUGUUAUCUUGUUAUUCCGUUAAAUAAACAAACCACACAGCUGAUACCUGUA